AUGGUAGCAAGUAAAAAGGCUUCAUGUAAUUUCCUUUCAUUAAAGUUAUCUUGUCAAUUGGGAAUUAAAUCAAACUCUAUUAUAUCUUUUAUUUAUUAAUAAUAUUUAUUUACAGAUUUAAUAUAUAUAUUUUUUUUACAUAUUUGGUCAAAUAUUUCUAUCUGUCUUUACAUUUUAUUAAAACACCAUGCCAACGACAAGAAGAGGUGCUGAUACUGCUGGCACUCCGCAACCUUUACCAGGUGGUCAAGGUGGUAAUCAACCAGGUCCUUCACCAACACGGGAUGACUUGUUCACAACACCAAGUGCUGCGUCAGCAAUCAACAUAGCAGCAAUUUCGACUCAAGUGGCGGCUACAUCGCACAUACUGAAUACUUCGGCAAACCAAAUGACAGUGAUGCAAGACCAAAUUCUUCAACAAAAUUCACAGAUAAAUGGGUACAGUAAAUACGCUUUUGCAUAUCCGUGCAAGAAACAGACGACGGAUACGGCUAUUUCGAUGAUGCAGAAGAUAUUUCUACAAAAUGGAUACGCAACGGUGGUGGUAUCUGACAACGGUCCUGCGUUUUCGUCUGUGAAAUGGAAGACCUUCCUAUUCAACAAUGGAAUCAGAGCGUCCUAUUGUUCGAGUUAUACGCCAUCAUCCAACAAAAGCGAAUGUCUUAAUAAGCAAAUUAAGUACAACCUGGGGUGCAUUCUUAAAGAGUAUUCGAUUCAACACAAAAAUUGGUCGAAAUUUCUCAACUUUGUAAUAUUUAACUACAACAAUUCAUUUAAGAAUACUAUAAACACUACACCAGCAGAAGUUUAUUUCGGAAGAAAAUUAAUAACGCCAUUUAUUAUCAUCAACGAGCUAACAAAUUUAGUCACAAGCUCUGUUAAACCGUCGCAACAGCAAAUUAACGAUGCAUUAAAACUCGCCCAUCAACAACGUCUUAACAGAACUUUGAACAGACCAUCAGUUUCAAAGUACAGAAUUGGACAAUUGGUGAUGGUUAAAAAUUUGGCGCCGAACAUCAACAAAAAUAAAUCAGCCAAAUUUACAGCGAAAUACAACGGACCGUAUAAGAUACAGAAAUUCACAUCUCCAACAUCGGUUAGAUUAAAACCCACUAACAGCAAUAAGUCAACUUUUGGAAUGUCAAUCUACAAUCUUCGGCCAUAUUAUAAAUGAGGUCAUCAUCGAAGUGGUUGUAUUCGUUGACGGGUAAUUUCUCAUAUUUCUAGUUUUCUAACUGCCUUAUUUCACUAAGCUAAUUUAAUUUCUAUUUAGUUUCAUUAAUAAUUAGCAUCUCGCUAAUUUUUUUUUU